CGAUCAUCAAAGAAGCAUAUAGCUUCUCAGCGAGCUAAGUUGCCUUCUAAGUUAUUUUCUUCCUCUCCUUCUAUUUAUUUAUUUUAUUGGGAGCUGAAGUUGCGCUUUCAGAUGCGAAGUUUUCCUUUGUGCCGAGGAGUACUUUUGUGCUGCUCGGUGAUCUUGCUUUGUACAAUAAGGUUCUGCUAUGGUAACGACCAGACCGUCGAGGUAGUUGGUUUUGGAGAAUGUGCAGACUGUGAACAGAGUAACAUUAAGAGUAGUCAUGCCUUUUCAGGGCUUCGCGUAACAGUUGAUUGUAAGCCAGCAGCAGGACACUUCAAAACAAGAGGGAUCGGGGAGCUCGAUGAAGAAGGAAAGUUCCAAGUGUCUCUUCCUCAGGAGCUCCAAAAAGACGGAAAACUGAAGGAAGAAUGCUAUGUGCAGCUUCACAGUGCAUCUGAUGCACCAUGCUCUGCCCUCAAUGGCCUAGAAUCCUCAAAAGUAAUAUUCAAGUCCAAAGCCAAUGGAAAACACACCUUCGGGCUGGCUGGUAAACUCAAUUUCUCCCCUGCGACAUGCACUUCAGCCUUAUUGUGGACUCAGUUCAAUUACCCAUCACUACCCAAAUUGCCACCUUGGCCAAAGUUGCCAUCCUUUCCUAAGUUCCCCCAUGCAUAUUUCAAGAACUUCGGUCAUCCAUUCCCUUUCCCUCCUAAGGUCUUCCCCCCACUACCACCAAAGUUUUGCCCUCCCAUUUAUAAGAAGCCUCUCCCUCCUCCGGUUCCAAUCUUCAAGGAACCACUUCCUCCUCCAGUACCUAUAUUCAAGAAACCGCUUCCUCCACCAGUUCCCAUAUACAAGAAGCCACUUCCUCCUCCGGUACCUAUGUUUAAGAAGCCGCUUCCUCCACCGGUUCCCAUAUACAAGAAACCGCUUCCUCCACCAGUUCCCAUAUACAAGAAGCCACUUCCUCCUCUGGUACCUAUCUUCAAGAAACCACUUCCUCCACCAGUUCCCAUUUACAAGAAACCACUUCCUCCUCCGGUACCUACGUUUAAGAAGCCACUUCCUCCACCGGUUCCCAUAUACAAGAAGCCGCUUCCUCCUCCAGCUCCAAAGUACAAAAAGCAGUGUCCUCCACCAACUCCAAACUACAAGGAGCCGCUUCCACCUCCAGCUCCUAAGAAGCAAUUUCCUCCACCAAUUCCAAUAUACAAUAAGCCGCUUCCUCCAUCAAUUCCUAUAUACAAGAAGCCACUUCCUCCACCUGUUCCUAUAUUCAAGAAGCCGCUACCACCACCUGUCCCUAUUUCAAAAAAACCGCUUCCACCACCCAUUCCAAUGGUCAAGCCAAAACCACCAAUUUUCAAGCCGCCUUCAAUUCCAAAGAUCUUCCCUCCACCCCUACCAAUAUUCAAAAAGCCACUUCCACCUCCCCUUCCAAUCUACAAACCAAAACCACCAAUAUUCUUUAAACCAUUUCCUCCAAUCCCAAAGAUCCCACCAUUUUAUAAGAAGCCAUGCCCACCCAUUCCUAUAGUUCCUCUUCUUCCUAAGCUUCCUCCCAUUCCCAAGCUGCAUUCUAAGUAUUUCCCCCACCCCAAAUUUGGAAAGUUACCUCCCUUGCCACCUUUUCCUCCUCAUCCUUAGGCUACAGCAGCGUUUGUCCCAGAUGUAAGGGAAAUGAUGUCGCUUUAUGUAAUGAAGGCCAGUUUGAAAAUUUAUUGCUGCAAUAAAGCCUUCAAAGAGGAGAGAUGAUCCAAAUGAUUGGAGAGACAGAGAAAGGUGAAGGUUUAUUUAUUAAGUGUUGAAGUUAGAGGUGUUGGACUCGAAAGGGCUAGAAGUGUAUGGAUUAUUCUUGUUACAUCGUUAAUAGGGGACUUCUAUAGAGGUCCAAAUGCAUUUGACCAUUGUAAUAAUUUUAUUUUCCGUCUAGCUAGGAGUUAUUAAUCCUCCGGUUGUGAUCGCUUGUAUUUGAUAUAUUUCUAUAAUUAAAUCACGUUCAGAUUG